CCGCGCCGCACCACCAUGCGGGACGACGAGCCCCCGCUGCUGUGCGCCUCCCCCGCGCCGCACUCGGCCCCCGACCGCAGCCCCGGCCGCCCUUCCCGCUUCAAGCGCGCGCUCCACUCGCUCCGCUCGUCGUUCCGCUCCGCCUCGCCCUUCCACUUCGCUUCGCUCAAGCGCAGCGGCUCCGCCAAAUCCUCAGUAUCCGACAGUGAGAUCGUGCGAGGCGAACGCACGAUGCGUAGGAAGAACAAGAAACAACGCGCAGACUCGGCGACCGCCCGCGCCGCCGCCGCCUCGCGGAGCACCGACAGCUCGCCCGCGGCCGAGAAAUCCAAAUCCAGCUUACUCAAACGGAUGAGCACCAUCGGGAAGAGGCGAGCGGAGUGCUCCACGCCCUCCUCCACCGACAUGGACCCCGAACUGGACAUGGACCCCGAACUCGAAUACGACUCGAAGCUCGACGAAAAUUUGAUCCUGGAAACGAGUCAGGAGCCCGAAAAUCAGGAGGCAGCUCCCGCGGAUAAUAUCGACCCGAAUCCUAGCACCUCAGUGCCGGAGUCCGUUUCGCCGGAGCCGCCGUUCAUACCCAUAGCGGUCGAGCAUCCGGUGGCGAUGCGGUGUUUCACGAAGGAGGCCUGGAAGCGGCGCAGCAAAACCGAAAUUCCGAAGCCGAUCGAGGAGUCGGGUCCCGGCAGCGCCUUCAAGCGGCGCAUCGCAUUCGUGGCGCAGACGUCGGCCGCGAUGUCGGAGGACCGCGACGACGACGACGACGAGGACGAGGACGCGGAGGCGGACGGGGGGGAGGUGGGGUCGCUGGAGGAGGCGGUGGCGCUGGCGCGGCAGCGGCUGGCGCAGGCCGCGCACUCGCCCGCGCCGCCGCAGUCGAGCGACAACAACGAGCCGGACGAGGAGGGGCGCGCGGACAGCAUGCCGGCCUACGGAGACCUCAUCGAGCCCGAGCACAAGGCUGAGGCCGACGAUGAACCGGCCCAUGCCACUGCAAGUGCUGAGAGGCGGGAGCAUUUAUACAAGAUCCUGGUGAUUGGAGAGCUGGGUACAGGGAAGACGUCCAUCAUCAAGCGAUAUGUACAUCAGUUCUUCAGUCAGCAUUAUAGAGCGACGAUCGGAGUGGACUUCGCCCUUAAAGUGCUCAAUUGGGACGCUAAUACGAUUAUCCGGCUACAAUUAUGGGAUAUUGCAGGUCAAGAGCGUUUCGGCAACAUGACCCGUGUGUACUACAAGGAGGCCGUGGGUGCUUUCAUAGUGUUCGACGUGUCGCGAGUGGCCACAUUCGACGCGGUGGUCAAGUGGAAGAACGACCUGGACACCAAGGUGCAGCUGCCCGACGGGUCGCCCAUACCGUGCAUACUACUGGCGAAUAAGUGUGACCAGCAAAAAGAGGGAAUAGUGAAUUCCCCCACAAAAAUGGACGAAUACUGCCGGGAGAAAGGCUUCGCGGGUUGGUUUGAGACAUCUGCAAAGGAAAACAUCAACAUUGAGGAGGCAGCACGAUCUUUAGUUAAUAAGAUUCUUCUAAACGACAAAUUACUACAAAGCAACGAUAAAGAUGGCGAGAAGUUCGGACUUGAUCACAAGAUAGCCAACGGCGAGAACAAUCGAGAUACGAGUACAGGCAAGUCCUGUGCGUGCUGACCAACCGGUGCGAGAAUAGACGACGAUUAUAACGUAAUUGUGGGUUUGCAUAACGAUGUAAUGAUUUCUAUGUUCCCCGUUUUGACGAGGCUUGUUAUAAUAUACAUAGUUUCGUGUCACGUUCACGAUCUACCAAUCAAAUCAAGGUAACUAGAUCUUAUGGAUAAUAAUAAUUAUUAAAACUUGUAGUAAUUAACUAUUAGAUUAUAACAGUUAUUAUUAACAUCUUGUUGAUUCAAUAAACAUUGCAAAAUGUCACAGACAACAUUAAUAUAAAAGGCUUCAUAAAUAUUGCAAGACGUAACGGUCAAAAUUAAUAGAGCAGUGAUUCUAACACAGUGAAACAAUAUUGUAUGACACAUCGACUUACAAACAUCGAUUUUUGUAAUUAAAAUUUUACUAACUAAUAGAGCCAUGUUCACUAAGUAACUAAUUUUAUUUUUAUUUGUUUGUAAACAUUACUUCGUUAUGUUAACCUGGCUUAAGUUUAUAGCGAUCGAAUCUAUUGUUUAAGAGUUUUAUUUUAUCUGUGGAAAUGCCCGACUAUCUGUGCCCGACUACUGUGGAAAUGACUAUACUAAUAAACAAUAACGAACGAACAAAUUAGUAGUACAUAUUAUUUUACUAAGUUACUGUAAUAGCUAUAUCACACGUUGGGCCAGCGAAUUGAUCCAAUACCCAGGCCAUCGUGACUCGAGAGCCAUUAAUCAUGUCACGUGUGAGCGACUAACAUAUAAUACUGAGUGGCCUAAUAUUCGUUGGCUUAAGUACAUUGGUCCAUCGUGUUAGGGCCUUUAGAAUAUUACCACAUAGAGAAAGAUCCAAUGCGCGCAAAUGAGCUCAGCGUAUUCAGCACAGGCAGUUUUUGGCUACCUUAGGCUAAGCUUGACAUCGCAUGUUUCUAUGGCUGAGAUCUGUAGAGUGCUGACUCUCUGACUUUGCUCAAACUUUACUUAAAGUUGACGACGACUAAAAAUUAAAAAAUAAAUUACGGCAGACUUAUAUCUAUUUCUGAUAUAUAGAGCUAUAGAUCUCUGACUUUGCUCAGAUUUUACUUAAAGUAAUUUAAAGGACGUAUGAAUUUUUUUUUUAUAAAAUUAAAAAUGUAUGCCUUUAUGUUGGAGCGAAGUCGGAGCAAUAGAUCUCAUUUGUAGAGGCAUGUGACAGAGAGCUCAGCCUAAGUCAGCCAAAUGCUGACUGAGCUGAAUACGCUAAGCUUGUUUAUGGGUGAGUGUGGCUGUUACAGCGAGUUAUUUUGACUGGAUUUUUUGUUACCUUUAUGUUUUGUGGUAUUUCUCAAAAUGGGGGCAAUGAAGGCAUUAACUCAGAGAUUGUGUAAUUCGUUGAAAAAUUGCGUAGAUGCGAUGAACUUGCGUAUUUGUUAUGCGUGGUAAUAGUACAAUAUUUAUUCAAUUAUAUUGUGAAGAAUUUGUUCCUCUGUGCUGCUCUGUUAAAUCGCAAAAAGCUUUAACUUUUAGUUCAUAAAAAGCAGAGAAUAUGUUUUUAGUAUAUUAUACUUCAAGUUAGCCUUACUAAGUACAUCAGCUGAAUGUGACAGAUAAAAUAAUACCUACUUAAUAUAAUAUGAUACUUGCCAAAAAUGACCAAGCCAUGUUGCCUUAUAGUGUGUAGUAAAAAUUACAUUUAAUGGGCCUUUUACUUUUUAAGUGAUUUGACUUUCAAGUGCCUAAUGCCUAUUUAUCGUUGUUUUUUUUUAUUAAAACUCCAUUUUUGUUUUUUUUUGUUUACAAAAUAUAGUCAUUAAACUUAAUGUAGGCAUUUUUCUAUGUUUUUAAAAUAAACACCUCUUCUUUAAGUGAACUGUUUAUGCAAAUUUCAUGUUCAUUAUACGAGGUUCAUAUGUUGUCAUCAGAUAUUUUAGGUUAAAGCGAUGUAAAGAAAAAAUCUUAAUCUAUGAUUGCAACAAUAAAUUGUUCUCCUUGACUAGUGGCAACUUUAGCUGCGAAAAUGUUUUGUUAGAAGUGCACAUCGAGUGUGCCCUUAGCCUUAUUUUGUGUAGACGGUUGAAUUAUUUCGUUAUAACUUCUAGGGGUGGCAAGUUUUUAAAAUAUAACAGUGCAUUGUCAUCCUUUAUUUUCCAAAUAAAAGUGAACCUGAAAUCUACGGGAACAAUCAAUACAGAAAAAAAAAUGAAAUACAGCUCGCCACGCUUUGAACUUUUAAUUUAUUAACAAAUCUACAAAAAUUACAUAAACUGUUACUAACAUUUACCUUAUAUUUUACUUUUUAAUGAAAAAUACGUAUUUAAACACUAUAUGUAUAGGUAUUGUUUUAAAUUGACGACCUUGUGUUACUACUUACCUAAUAUUAAUGACUAACGUUAAUAGAAUGAAGUGUCCACUAGCAAUAAAACUAGCGGAAGUCAACUCUGGCAAGUCACUAACAAUAUGAGCACUUACGAGUAAAUACUGAAACUUGCAAAAAGUUUAUUUACAGCGCUUUUCAGAGUACUAAAAUUAGAAGAAUUUACUUGCUGUGAGCAAAAUUCUGCAAAUUUUAUUGUUAGUGGACACUUUGCUUAGUUAACGAAAUAUUUUUUCAUAUCAAUAUUUUGAAAAAAAAAAUUAUAACGAAGUGCCUCUUUAUAUCGAAUUUACAUAAUUAUGAUUGUAGGUAUAUUGACUCUCUAAUAAAGUGUUAAUCUAAUUGAGUUUUACUUGAAAUAAAAAACAAUUAUUUAUUUAAUCAAUAUUAUGUUAGGUGAAAUUAAUAAUUGUUUGAUUUUAUUAUUAAAUAAUAAUAAUUGUUAUAAAUAUAUUGUUUCGUAAUGAGUGAAUGAGGCACCCCUAUUGUAAAACAGUAUAAGGCCGGCCGCAAAUAGACACCAACUUUGUCCAGCGUAUUUGAAAUAUGCAUUAUAAUUUUAGAUACAAACUUAUUUUUUUCUGCUUAUAUUAAAGAAGUUUAAUUUUUUAUAUUAUUAAUCUCGUAUCCCUCGUCAUUUAUCUUAAUAAUGUCUUUUUAAGGAAAUUAUUAGACAUUUUGUUCACGCAUCGCGAGUUUUGAGUGCAUGUUAUCUCUAAAUGAUUGUGAUGUGUUAGGCCAUUGCGCCCGGCCUUAUAAAAAUAUUUUAUAUGUGUAACCAAAUUAUACUUAUUAUUCAGUUUUUUGUUAUCUUGAGAGUUACUAUUAAUUGUAAACUUUAUUCUGAAAUUGUUAAGUGCCAUUUUCGACUGGAUAUUUAACAUUUUGGACAUCGUGUAUAUUAUUCGAGUUAUCUUAUUGUAAUAAGUAUUACUUAUUGUGUGAGAGCGCGUGAAAUUACUUUAUAAUAUAAUAAAAUGUUCAAAUG